AUGAAUCCAACGGCUAUACUCUGCACUCUUUGCUUGCCGGACUUUCUGCCGCUUGUGAGCGUUCUUAAGACGAAUGCCACCUUUACGACUCGUCUGAAACACGAGGCUCAGAAUGGCUUAGACUUCGCUAGACUAUUCUCAAAGCAGAAAGAUGUGGAAGAAGUAGAGGAUGCGGCCAUCGCGGACGACUUUAAUGAGUUGUUCUCGUACGUGGAGCAGAAAGGAACGAAGAGGGUGGACAUUAAUGUCAUCCCUGAUAAGAAUGAUGAUGAUAAUACGUCGUCGACAUGGACGCAACUGAAGACAAAGACAGAUUCGAGUAUAGAAAAAAGCGGACGCGGAGAACGGGUAGCGAUGCUGUUGAAGAUUUUCUUGACGUUGAAAAACAAGGAAUCGGUCGAAUCGGUAGAGGGUUCGUCUACAUGGGAUUCGCUUGCUGACUGUGAGGACGUUGAGAAUGUAGAAUUGGUGGCCGAUUUGUUUACUGCUUUAGGGAGAAUAUGA